AUGGCAUCAUCAAAGUCAAUCAAAGUCAAGAUUGAGGACGACAAGGACAUGGUAGACCUCAUAAAGGAGUUCCGAAGCGAAUACUCAGGUAUACCAGCUUACAGCGCUGUCGUCUGGCUGCCAAAUGGAUUCCUUAUUUCAGGGUAUUCAGCGCCAGAAGCCUUGAGGGCGCGACUGGCAGGCCGCAAGCUCAGUGACGUCGCCAAACCUGCAGAGUUUGAACAAACCGUUGAAUCUAUUGUUGAGAUCAGUGGGCAUCAGUUGGGUAUGCAAGUCAAAAAGACACAUAUAAUCAUCGACAUUCAGCGGCCAGCCUCGCGAACUCGCCCCUCGCGAAUCCGCCCCAUAUCGCCACAAGAAGAGCCUGAGCUCGAUGACUUCGUACCAGUGCUCAUUCACAAGUACGAUUGUGUCGUCGCCGGUGCCAGUAAGAGCGAAAGUCCGUCGGUCAACGCCCAAUCCCACUCUUAUAAUGCUCAUCAGGGUAACAGGUUCCCCAUUCUGGAUGGAUGUUACAAUGCAACCGCAAGCAAACAAACGGUUGCGCCACCUAUCGAAUUCUUUCAUCCUGUCUUCGCUCCAAGCUUGUGGACACAGAGAUGGACAUCCCUGAAGCUGUCGUUUGUGAUACCCUCUGCCAUCCAGGUCUCCGAACAACCAUGUACCCAGCAGAACCGGACGUUGCUAUCCAAAAUUCUUAACCAAUCCUUCUUCCAGGCCGUUAACUUGGAUCGUACAUCGGAGGACCACAUUGCUUUGUGCGGAGGCACGACCAUCGAUGAAACGGCUGCGGUCGUCAUCGUAGAGAAGGAGAGUGAACUUGGAGAGGGUGGAUCAGAGCCCUCCGUCCAGGGUUCCUUCUCCUACAUAAAAUUCUGGGCUGAUAUAACGCAUUGGCAAAUUAGUGAGGGCUGCUGCUGUCCCUCUUUCAUUGUUGGAUUGGCAGGACCGUGGCUGAUAGUAGUAGGAGCUGUGUUCACCAGCCAGGUCAUCGUUCAACGUCUUACAGACUACUUGUGGCUUGGAAACAGUCGUGUUGACGACGACGACCACUUUCUUCGCGUCGCUCGCAUAUUUUAUGCCCUCCAACGUUCAAUCAAAGAGCUUCAAACUUACUACAAAAACCUGAAACCCCAGCCUCUUGAGGAAAACAAGCCCCAUCCUCGCUUUUUCCCCUCAAUCACCUCUUCUCGAUUCAAUAACAAGAAGGGGCAGAAGAAGGUCGUGGUCAACUUCAUCCAGCAUUAUGGCGAAGAAGCACACAAACUUUUGGCGCAGCUUCAGCUGGCACCGGCGCUUCUGUACGUUGGACCAAUCGACGGGUGCGGCGUCUCGUACGGAAAGCUGCAGAUGGUUGUUAUGGAAUACAUCCAAGAUCAAACACUCGUGGGUGCCUAUAGCGGCAGACGCCUACCGGAGGACAUCAAAAAGGCUAUCAAGGGUCUCGAUGCGCUUCACAACCAAGACCUUGUUUAUGGAGAUCUUCGUAGGCAGAAUAUCAUGAUUGCAGAUGCGACCGGCGAAGAGAACAGGGGUGAUAGGGUCAGGUUUAUUGAUUUUGACUGGGCCGGGAAGGCUGGGGACGUCAAGUAUCCUCUUCAUUUGGCCUCUUGCAUAAGCGCGAUCUCUGGCGCGUUGGAGUAUGAUCUCAUACAGAAAGAUUACGAUAUUAUGAUGCUGGAUGCUUUGUGA